UUUCUUUUGGUUGUAUUUCUAAUUUCAAUGAGAGAAAUUCCACUGGGUUAUGAAAACAGGAAAACUUGCAGUAACCUGGAUCACGUUUAUCAGGCUAGCUUUGUUUUGGAUUGCAUAGCAGUGUUUCACGUGGGUUUUCGAAAGUGUUCCGGCGUUAGGUUUUCUGAAAAUUCACGAUGCCGGCCUUGCUAAUGCGAGGAGGUUUGCAGACAAAAAUUCACUCUUCGAUAUUUGGUGCCCGUUCGACUCUUGCCUCACGCAGCAAAAGUCUUGAUCGAUUGAAGUCGACGAAAAACAAGUUUUAUUCAAAGAAUGCAGCACUCAAAAAAGUUCGCGACAGAAAGGUUGCAACUCUUUUUUUGGAAGAUGGAACAAAAAUGAAAGGCUACUCUUUUGGCAAAGAGAGAUCAAUGGCUGGGGAAGUUGUAUUCAAUACAGGCUUAGUUGGGUAUCCUGAAGCAAUGACGGACCCUAGUUAUCGUGGUCAGAUUCUUACUCUAACAUACCCCUUAGUUGGGAACUACGGUGUACCAAGUACCACAGACAGAGAUCAAUAUGGACUCCUUAAAUACGUCGAGUCGGAAAACAUUCAGGUCUCUGGGCUGUUGGUCCAAGAUUAUUCUCAUUCGCAUAGCCAUUGGAAUUCACAACAGUCGCUGUCAGAAUGGCUUGUGCAGGAUGGGGUUCCCGCACUUUAUGGGAUUGACACCAGGAUGUUGACAAAAAUUAUCAGAGAUAAAGGCACAGUGUUAGGCAAAAUCGAGUUUGAAGACCAGCCAAUUGAAUUUGAUGAUCCGAAUACAAGAAACCUCAUUGCAGAAAUUUCAACGAAGGACGUUAAGGUUUAUGGAAAAGGGAACAAGUAUAAAAUUAUUGCACUGGACUGUGGAAUAAAACAGAACAUGAUCCGGAAUUUGCUAGUGAGGGAUGCAGAGGUUCAUGUGGUUCCAUGGAACUAUGAUUACAGCAAAGACGAUUACGAUGGUCUCUUUCUUUCCAAUGGUCCUGGGGACCCUGCUUAUGUCGAUUCUGCUGUGCGCGUUUUGCGAAAGGUAAUUAAAGAUGAAAGAAAGGAACCGAUAUUUGGCAUUUGCAUGGGGAAUCAACUCACAGGCUUAGCCGCUGGAGCCAAUACAUACAAGCUUCCACUUGGAAAUAGAGGACACAAUCAACCUGUCUUGAACAUAUUGAACAACAAGGCAUAUAUUACGUCACAAAACCACGGAUUUGCCAUCGAUGAGAAAACUUUGCCAGAAGAAUGGAUACCCUUGUUCCGCAACGCAAACGACCGAUCGAAUGAGGGAAUUAUGCACAGAGAUCGCCCCAUUUUCACAGCUCAGUUUCACCCUGAGCAUUUUGGUGGCCCAACCGACACAGAGUUUUUGUUCGACAGUUUCUUUGAUCUGAUUAAAAAUGGCAGUCAGUCAGUAGCAUCAGCCUUUCCUCCAGUCAAACCGAUGCAAACUGACAACAAAAAGAUUAAAAAAGUCCUUGUUCUUGGCUCUGGUGGAUUAUCUAUUGGGCAGGCAGGUGAAUUCGACUACUCUGGAUCCCAAUGUGUCAAAGCAUUAAAAGAAGAAAACAUUCAAACAAUUUUGAUGAACCCAAACAUCGCUUCGGUGCAGACAAAUGCAGAAGGAGAAAAACAGGCAGAUACAGUCUACUUUGUCCCCGUGACAACAGAUUUUGUUGAAGACGUCAUUCAGAGAGAAAGGCCUGAUGGUAUAAUUUUGUCAAUGGGAGGCCAGACUGGAUUGAAUUGUGGUGUUGAGCUUCAUCGUCGUGGUAUCUUGGAGAAAUAUGGAGUAAAAGUCCUUGGUACCCCUGUGUCGUCAAUCGAGGCCACAGAAGACAGAGACAUAUUUGCCAAGAGGCUUCAGGAAAUUGGGGAAAAACUAGCACCGAGUAUCGCUGUGGAAACACUUGAAGAUGCCUUAUCUGCUGCUGACAAAAUUUGUUAUCCUGUCAUGGUACGUGCGGCCUACGCCCUAGGUGGCUUGGGAUCAGGUCUCUGCAAUAACAAAGAAGAACUCACUAAUACAGUCAAGCAUGCUCUUGCCCUUUCCAACCAAGUUUUGAUUGAGAAGUCUUUGCUGGGCUGGAAAGAAGUCGAAUACGAAGUGGUGCGUGAUGCUUCUGACAACUGCGUCACUGUUUGCAAUAUGGAAAACUUUGAUCCACUUGGUAUCCAUACUGGAGAUUCCAUUGUUGUGGCACCAAGUCAAACUUUAUCAAACCGGGAAUAUCAUAUGCUGCGAGAAACUGCUAUCAAGGUUGUUCGUCAUUUUGGCAUUGUUGGAGAGUGCAAUAUUCAAUACGCGUUGCACCCGGAGUCAUUGGAAUACUGCAUCAUCGAAAUCAAUGCCAGGCUGUCAAGGAGUUCAGCUUUAGCAUCAAAGGCUACAGGCUACCCGUUAGCUUUCAUUGCGGCAAAACUCGCCCUUGGUAUUGAUUUGCCCUCACUUGAAAACUCGACAACCAAGAAAACGACUGCUUGCUUUGAGCCAAGUUUGGAUUAUAUUGUAACAAAGAUUCCACGAUGGGACCUUGAUCGUUUCCACUUGACUUCAAAGCAGAUUGGCAGCUCAAUGAAGAGUGUUGGUGAGGUGAUGGCAAUCGGUCGAUCAUUUGAAGAAAGCAUCCAAAAAGCGAUGAGGAUGACACACCCAGCUCUUGAUGGCUUUACUUCACAGGCGCCUGGUGACAAAAGUGACAAUUUAAUUCCAACAGAGGAACUUGACAAACGCUUGAUUGUACCUUCAAAUACAAGAAUAUUCUCUAUUGCAAAGGCAUUCUCCCAGGGAUAUACAGUUGAUCGUAUAACCGAACUCACAGGCAUCGAUAAGUGGUUUUUGCACAAACUGGAAGACAUUUUUCAUCUUGAGAAGGACAUCAAGGCUGCUGGAUCAUUAGAUAAAAUAUCAGAAGAAAUGAUGCUUGAGUCGAAGAAAUUGGGAAUGUCAGACAAACAGAUGGGUAGAAUUCUUGGAUUGCCUGAAAAUGACGUCAGGGUAUCUAGAGUGGAAAAGGGAAUCAAGCCCUGGGUUAAACAGAUUGAUACAAUGGCAGCAGAGUACCCAGCCGCUACCAAUUACCUGUAUUGCACUUACAACGGAUCGGAACAUGACAUCGGCUUUAAUGAUAAAGGAGUAAUGGUCCUUGGAUGUGGUCCAUAUCAUAUUGGUAGCAGUGUUGAAUUUGACUGGUGUGCUGUCUCCAGUAUCAGAGCUUUGAGAGAAAUGGGCCACAAAACAAUCGUUGUCAACAACAACCCAGAAACUGUGAGCACCGACUACGAUGAGUGUGAUCGACUGUAUUUCGAAGAGUUGACGCACGAAAGAGUCAUGGAUAUUUACGAUGCUGAGAAGUCUUCUGGAGUGAUCAUUUCUGUUGGCGGUCAGAUACCCAACAACCUUUGCAUGCCGCUUCACAACAGUGGGGCAAACAUCCUUGGCACUUCACCACUAAUGAUUGACAGAGCUGAAGAGAGGUCGGUUUUCUCAAAGAUAUUGGACGAACUGAACAUUGCUCAGGCCCCUUGGAGAGCGCUUUCUUCCGUUGAUGAAGCGCUGGACUUUGCUGCUACUGUUGGCUAUCCUUGCCUGUUAAGGCCCUCGUAUGUCCUCAGUGGGUCAGCUAUGAACGUGGCAUAUGGACCUGAUGAGCUUAAGACAUUCCUUGAGGAAGCAAGCAAGGUUUCACUGGAACAUCCAGUUGUAAUGACCAAAUUUGUAGAAGGCGCAGCUGAGAUUGAAAUGGAUGCCGUUGCUCGAAAUGGGGAGAUCGUUGUUCAUGCAAUAUCUGAGCACGUGGAGGAUGCUGGAGUUCACUCUGGUGAUGCCACUCUCAUUCAACCCGCUCAGAACAUCAGCCAAGCACAUAGAAAGAAGGUGAAAGAGGUGACAAAGAAGAUUGCAAAGCGAUUUGAAAUUUCAGGCCCAUUGAACAUCCAGUUUUUGGCAAAAGGAGAUGAUAUCAUGGUGAUUGAAUUGAAUCUUCGUGCUUCGCGGUCCUUUCCGUUUGUUUCAAAAACUCUAGGAACUGAUUUCAUCAAAACAGCAACACGGGUUUUUGUGAACGCACCGCUGGACCAAAACGCGUUGAUACCAUUAGAAAAUGACACGGUACCUACGGAUUAUGUUGGAAUCAAGGCACCCAUGUUUUCUUGGCCUCGUCUUAGAGAUGCCGAUCCUUUGCUUAGGUGUGAAAUGGCAUCAACGGGUGAGGUCGCCUGUUUCGGCAGAACAGUGAAUACAGCAUUUUUAAAAGCACUGAUGUCGACUGGCUUCAAAAUACCUAAGAAAAAUAUAAUGAUUGGCAUUCAGCAAUCGUUCCAGCCAAAGUUCUUGCCUACUGCAAAUGCUUUGCACAAACUUGGCUACACAUUAUAUGGAACUGUUGCCACUGCAGCUUACUUGAAAGAACACAACAUUCCAGCGAUCACUGUCGGUUGGCCACUGCACGAAGAAACUCCUAACCUACCUAGUGCUACAAGACUUAUCCAGAACAAAGAGAUCGAUAUGGUUAUCAAUCUGCCCAAUCAAAGCACAAAGUAUGUGAAGGAUAAUUACUUGAUCAGACGAGCAGCGAUUGACUCUGGAACUCCGCUUGUCACCAACUUCAACGUUGUCAAGCUACUCGUUGACUCCCUUCAUGAAGUCGAAGAUCUAAAUGCGGACAGCUUGUUCCAUUACAGAAAAAACGAGUCUGCGGUGUGAGGCCUAUGCGGGCUAGGAAAUGAAAGUAGCAUCGGGUUGAUGUUUUUAAAUGGCUAAAAUAUCAGGAUGAAUAAAAAAUAUUCUAUCUAUGAAAAACUUUGUAGAACCUUUUGUAGUUAUUUAUAAGUGCUGUUUCUUAAUUAGUAUGCUGUAAGCAAUAUUUAUUGUCCGUACAACAUCAAAUUCCUCUAGGUGACUGUUGAGUCCUUUUUUUCUUCAUUGAUUCAUUUUUAUUCAGUUUUUGUCGUUAAACAGGAUUUAGGAUAUAAUUAUUAUUCUAGUUUUUGUACCGGUCUCAAAACCUCCUUUUAGGAUAAUAAUUAAUAAAUACAUAUACCCAUCAAAAAUUGAAUGUCAUCAUGAAGAUAAGCUAAGUAAAUAAGGAGUUAAACAAACAAUAUCACUUGUGUUACACUAAGACAAGGUACAAUUGGCCAGUGGAGGUGUUGAAUUAACUGCUAUACUUUGAGUAUUUUUCUGCUGUUUUUCAUUCAAGGACGUUACAGAGUAAAGGGGUCAGGGCUUUUAGGGGCCACCAUAUGAUAACACCAAGAGCAUGAUAAUACAUUGUACAGUUUUAAUUACUUUUUAGGAAUUAAUGGGGACCUUAGCCCCCUGGUUCCACGGUCCCUGUUUCUGUUACAUACUUAUUCAAUGGUAACCGCAAAUUAGCUUUUUAUAACAAAAAACUCUUUUCUAAGACCUUUGCUUCUUUUAAGUCAAAACUUGUGGUUGUUUUUUAAACAUAUCUUGUCAAUUUAAUUAUCUGAAACUUGAUGGUGUAAAUCAUUGUA